GCCAGUUGUAGCCGUUGUAGCCACACAUGGCAGCACGCUUGUGCUGUGAAGCGCCAACACACACAGUCGAGAUAGCUUGCAAGGCAAGGCUUUUUGCUAGGUCUGCAAGAGCUACGAAUACAUGGUGGCCACUUCAUACGUAAAAAAUAUGUGGAAUAUGUGUCUUUCGUUCUAGCAGAGAGUCAUGGAAGAUGUUACAGAUGCGUUGGAGUGCACAUUGCACACCGUAUUUCGGCACACACGUUUCCGAAAUUCCCUACAAAAGAGCGCUGUCGAGGCCGUGGCACAGCGAUGCCAAGAUGUUUUUAUAUCUAUGCCGACUGGUGCAGGAAAGUCGCUCUGCUUCCAGCUACCGGCAGUGUCUGGUCCUAGCGCGGGUGUCACAGUUGUAGUAUCACCUCUAAUUGCCCUUUUGACGAACCAGCUACAGGCUCUGCGAGAGCUUGGCAUCGCUGCAGAGACGAUAAAUUCGACCAUGGCACAGACGGAGAAACGGAGGGUCCAAGAUGACCUGAUGUCUUUGAAGCCAAAGACCAACCUGCUAUACGUCACUCCUGAACAGGUUGCCACGGAAGGUUUCCGAAACAUUCUGCAAGCCCUGAAUGGAAUUGCCGCAUUGGCACGCUUUGCUGUAGAUGAGGCCCAUUGUGUCUCGGAGUGGGGACACGACUUCAGGCCCGCUUACUUGAAGUUGGGCGCGGUACGAGACAUGUUCCCCGACGUUCCCUGGGUUGCGCUCACCGCUACGGCUUCUGAGAAGGUGUUCAGGGACAUAGUCAAACAACUGCGGCUGCACGAGCCUGUGCAGUGCUUCAGGUCCAGCAGCUUCCGACCUAACUUGUACUACGACGUCGAAUUCAAGGAAAACCUCGACAAUGCCUAUGAAAACGUGAGAGAUUUUGCCAUAAAGGCGCUCGGCAGCGACUGGGAGUACGAGAAGCCGGAGAAGAGGGGAUGCGGCAUCAUAUACUGCAGGACUCGGGAGAUGUGUGAAGAGGUGGCCCACAAGCUGAGCGGUCUCGGCCUGGAGACGAAACCGUACCACGCCGGCUUAAAGCCGCAGGAGAGGGAAGAAAAUCAAGUGCGGUGGACGAAAGGCCAUCUUCCGGUCAUUGCAGCAACAAUCAGCUUCGGGAUGGGGGUUGACAGAGCCCCGGUGCGAUUUGUCAUUCACUGGACGGUGUCGCGGUCGGUGGCGGCCUACUACCAGGAAUCUGGACGAGCGGGGCGCGACGGCGGCAAGUCCUACUGCAGGAUCUACUAUUCCCGUAGUGACAGGAAAGCGAUUUCCUAUCUGCUUCAUUGUGAAGUGCAGGAAGCCAAGAGCCAGCAAAAGAAAGUUGCAGCCGAAAGCUCAAUUAAGAGUUUCAACAGCAUGGUCACCUACUGUGAAGAGACGCUGUGCAGGCACCUUGUACUUUCGCGCGAGUUUGGGGAGGAGAUUAGGAAGUGCGAAAAGUUCUGCGACGCCUGUUCCAAGCUCAAAGCUCUCGAGGCAAAACUGGCUUCCUUUCGGGGCAGCAUGCUCACGACGACAUCGAGAAAGUUUUACAACGAUACGGGGGACGGCGAGCUGUACGGAGGCGGACGCCGUGGACAGCUGCGCGAGACCAAAGCGUACGGCAGCGACGACGAUUCGGGAAGCGCGGAAGACUCCUCGCGUGCGCUGUCGAACCUGAUCCACGACGAACUAGAAAAGCGACGAGGCUCCAAAAAGCCGGUCGGAACGAGGAGAUCCGUACCGCAGAAUUGCCCCGUGUUGGAACCAAAGUGUGCGGCGAUAAAAGAGGUCUCUGUUGAAAUGCGCGUCGAGUAUCUCACGAAGCUCCGCGUCGAGAUGGAGAAAAACUAUGCCACUUACGCCGUGAUUAACGAGAAGCCUCUCCUGACGUCGCUGGAUAUCAAGAACUGUGCGGCCGAGGCCGAGCUGAAAAUCUUCAAGACAAAAAAGAAUAUUCACAUGUACAGACGAGAGCUUGUCGGGUGGUUCAAGUCCCUCAGGGACUUGACGAACGUGGGCGACCUCCACGAGGCAAUCUGUACUUACAGACCCAGUAGGGAUGUAAGAUCAGAAAAUGCCGACUUCCGAAACCAGCGUAGCCUUUUAGGCUUCCUCAGAAGCAAUGGUGUUAAGGAGGAAGUGAGGGAGCCACCAAACGACGACGAACUGCGAAAUAGCGUGGAAAGCGACAAUCCAAAAAGCCACAGUAACAGCGUUAACUCAUCACCGGAACUGAAGCUGCAAGACAUCGAGCGAGAAGAUCCCACAUCACGCAGCACUUCCGACAGCAUGUGUCGUCAGAACGUGAGUUCCAGUCUCGAAAAUUCAUCGAGCUGCACAGUUUCACCCGAGGCAAACAGUAGCACGGACACAAAACAAAUAAAGUACUUCUUCGAGCUGUCACCCGCGAGAACGAAAACACCGUCCGCUGGGAACGCGACGGCUGCCAAGCUCGAGUGCUGGGGUGAAAAGUCGGGAGAGCGACGGCAUUCCGAGGCCGGUAUUUCAGGGGACGCUGCCGAUAAGAAGCGGAGUGCCGCGGAUGAGUCGAAGGUGCCACACUCUAAAAGGAUGUGCACAAGCGACUGUUCCGAACCCGCUCAACACUGUGAUUCCAGGGAAUCCACAGUCUCGGAGAAACACGAAAGAGUAAAAGAACUCGAGAAAGCAGUGCAGUGCGUCAACAAAUUUUUGUACCCCAUGUUCAAAGACGGCAAAAUAACGAGGGAACAGUUCAAGCAGAUAUGCAAGGAGAUGUCGCACAAACUGGUAGAAAGUAAGGCUGUCAACACGCAAGCUGCAAAGGAGCUUCUGCAUAAGUAUUUUAAGGACAACCAGAAAUAAGGUUAAGUUUUGUUUCGUCGUUUUGGUUGAUUAGUUGUAUGUUGUUGCAGAGUGAGUGGUGACAUGUGGAGUGGUCGCCUUUACAGAUGGACGGAGGACGAUAUUUUCCGUUAUAUGACGCCGUACGUGCUUGGAUUUGGCACGGUGCUUCUGUUCGUGCGCUCGUAUGGGGCACUUCUAUGUAGUGUAUGAAACUAUGCGAAGUUGCGAGCCAACUAGAGCACAUAAACGAGUAAUUGCACAUGCCUGCCUUCACAAGUAAUUUAGGCACUUUUCCAUUACACAAAAAUUUGAGCAACGGUAGUAUAAUUGAGUUGGCGAUAGAGGCGUUCUGGAAUUCACAUCUUCUGAUCCGCCACGUUUCACUAUUGCGUUGGGAAAAAAAAGUGCUCUUCCACAAGUGUGUGUCACGUGUCCCGCUGAGCAUUAUACAGCGUCGGAACAGCUUCAGGGCCCCCGUUUGCACAAAAAUUGUGCUAAGGAAACUAUGAGGAAAACCCUUAGCUAGAGCUUUGAAAGCGUGUUUUGCACGAGCUUCAAGACAACAAAGUUUAGGGCUGCAGUACAUGCUCAAAGCAGUUACAAAGAUGCGGUAAAGGAAGUGCGAGUGGGCCCAGAAGACUGUGAGACAUGGAGAUUUUACACUUUCAUAGACAGUGGAAUAGUAAAAGCGCCAUGCCCUGAAAAUUUCCAAUUGCCUUGGUGCUAUAGAUAAGUCACAUUAUAGAUAGGAAUGUAAACUUCAAACGGGUUAGUGAAAACAGCACGCGAAACAUUUAAUUUCAUGUCACAUCCUAUAACGUAUCGUUCCUAAUCUGUUUAAAUCUAUGUAUCCACACGGCAUGCAUUUAGGCUUCAUUUGGUCACCAUGCUGACACCCUAUGCAAACAUGCACACAAACUCACAUUUAUUUAAUAACUAAUAAUGGGGUUAUAAUGACUAUGCUAUGAAGCAGUGAUGGUGAAAGGAUUGAAAUACCUUUAUUUACAGCACAGGGGGCCAUCUGCAUCUUUAUGGACACAGCACAGCACUGGGUGACAUAACUUUAUUUUCAUUUCUUUUCAUAAAUUUUUGAGAGCGUAUGCUAACAGUGUAAAACAAACAACUGUAUAAAAAUAAAUGAUAUAAUGUAGCAGCAUUAUUUGCUAAUAUAUGAACACAGUUACGAGACAGACACUGUAAAAGUGCAUUCUGUGUCUCAAAGUAUAUAUUGCAUUUGCAACAAUAUGUCAAAUUGAGGUACUCUAACGUUCUAUGGCGCAGGAAUCACUUUCGAUAGAAGCCUCCGCUAUAAAUAUGUCCCGCGAUUCUUCCUUUUAAAAAUCGUAGCUUUACGGAUUAUACUAGUCACUGAUAGCAUAGUCCUUUUGCAAAUCACACUGACAGCACCUUAGCAUAUGCACGUUGUCAACUUGCAUCCCCUCUUGCCUACAAGCAACGGGGAGUUUGUGGAGGUGUAGUUUGAUCGCUGCUGCUGUAGUGCUUCCACGACUGGGCCUACAUGCUUCUAUUCCUUCUUUCUUCGGAUGCACUGCACUGCAAGCAUGACUCCUUGAACACACAAAUAUUAAAUUUUUUGCCAGUCUUGCGAUCACCAGAGAGUCGUGGUUAUAUCAACGAACGAUGACAGCACUCAAAGGGUGAAUGUCCGACGAAGGUUGCUGAUCUGCAACGAGUUCCCAUCAGACGUUUGCGGAUUCAGUGUGGCCCGCUCGGACGAAGACGCUUCUUCAUAUUCUGCACGGUCGAGCCAUUCCUAAAAAAAGGAACGCAUUGAAAGAUGUGAGCUCUGAGGAAGGUCUUCUGGUUUCGGUUGAAACGGGAUUCUGAUGAGAUUCUCUUAUUAGAUUAAUUUAUUGAAUUAUUUAUCAUUAGCUGAGAUGCCCAAAUUAGUCCACGAACUACCCACCGGGACAUUGCUUUCCUACGUGCUAUAAUAUCAUGAUUUUGACUAGGCUUCCACGUAGCGAUGCGCUCUGCCACAAGUGCGAGGCACGUCCAGAAAGUAAGUUCCGACUGGCUUAAAUAUUAAUAAAUAACAACAAAUUGUUUUCAAACUUUUUUUUUUUUUUUUUCACUGGGUUCCACAUAUUGCAAACUACAUUUCUGUGCAGUUCCCACCAUUACUGAGAUGCUUGUCGGGGCGGGGCAUCAAUUUUUCCGUCCCUGCAUCAUAGACCAAUGCUGCCUGUUAUGAAACUAAAGUAUGGUGGGCUGGUUCAACAACUCGCUUGCAACGCCGACCGCAGUCCUGCAGCGCCAAUACAUGCCGGCAGAACUUGCGUUCUGGGUGUACCUCAUAGGUAAAGUUUGUUGCUGUAUUAGAAUGAUGAAGCUUGUCAUGGAAAUUAUCACGAUGCAAGACAAACGAAGUACAUACCUUAACCUCUUCUGCGUACAUCUUGAGACAGAAGGAGAACUUUGUUCUCCAGUGUGUUCCUCGAAAGCACAGUGUGUCUUGCUCUGCGACACUUGGAUAAACAAGAGGCCCCAAUAAUGAAGACCCUCUGGGUUUUGUGCAGAACGCAAUCUCUGCCUUUGAUAGCCGCAUUUCUACUUUGAUGAGACUAUCCUCUGGAACAGAGCAUUCAGCACUUUCAGUUACGCCAGCAGCCGGUGAGAAACUAGAGGCACGUGGCACACAGUGUUUGCCAACCUUUAGUCAUGUCUGAGUUUGUGUGACCUCGAACAUUUUUUUACAAUGUUAUUCAAGUGACUAGAAACAACACAUAAUGUAUGUGUGUGUUUGUUGCAGCAAUUGUGACAAGCUUUUCAAGUGCAGAAAAAUAAAACUUACAAAACUCGACAAA